AUGAGAAGGUUCUUUCCAUUCCGCUCGUUCACAAGCAAUGCCGACAAACCAGCUCCAGCGCAUGAUAAAAGGAGUGAAAGCAAAUUGGAUGAGGGUGGGACUAAUGGUGCGUCCCAUUCCCCUGAUACUAGGGCACUCAGGUCAAGAAGGAGGCAUGGAAAUUUGAGGAGCGAGGAAUCGCCCAAUCCGCAGCUCAGGAGAUGCCUGUCGUUCACAUCCUCGGCAAUUGAUCGUUCCUUGGAUGAAAGGGCAAUGAGAUUUUCAGGCGAUAUCCCAUGGUUUAAUAAUUCUGACGUGCCUCGUCAUGUUUCUGAUAUUGAGUGCUACACAUGGUCACCAGAAAGACAUCCUAAUGUAGAGGAAUGCAUGAUAAAGGUUCCAAAAGCACAUGGCGUACAGGAAACUGAUUCACCACGUUCAAGAUGCUACUCAUGCUCAUCAACAGGACACUCUCCUCUUAGCUCUCCUGUUGCAUUGAAAUGCAGACCUGCCAGGUUGACCAAUUUACUGGACAAAAAUGGAGUGGUAGAUCUGUACAUUGAUGGGGAGCAAGAAGCAAACAUAUUAAAUGAGAAACAUAAGCAGAAAUUCCCCGUCAGAACUGCAGCUCCUCAUUCGGGAUGUGGAAGACCACCUCGACCUCAUUCUACAGCUCCAUCUUCACCAAAAUCUUGCAAAGAAAUAUAUGAGAACUACUCAAACAUAGACAAGACUUUGCAAGAUUUGGAGGAUGGAACUUUACCCCUAACCUACCACCAUCAACUUGCUCAGGAAGAGGCAAUGGGCACCUUGAAGGUGGGAUCUAUGUGUGAUUCAGAUGGAAAUGACACUAGUCUAUUUGAAGGAUCUUCUGAUAAUUUUUCUCACUCAGAGGAGUGCAAAUCACAUAGCGUGACUACACUGGAAGAUAUCUACGAGGACUCACGAGAUCUACAACCUCAAUGCUUCUAUGGAUUUUCAGUGAAUCCUCUUUUCGGGGCAACCUCAAGAUGCUCUGCUGCCGAUACUUAUCAUCAUGAUGGGUCUUGUGGUUUUCAUGACAAGAACUUGGAACAAGACACUGAUGAUAAGUUGCUUAGAAGAACUAAAGAAUUGGAUGCAUGCUUUAUGGUUCCUUCUGAAGAAAUGAGCGAGCUUAACAUGCUCAGGGAUAAGAGAUUGAACUCAACUGACAUUAUGCAGCUGGUUCUCAGCUUGAUUGAAGAUAGAAAGCAACUGGCGCUCGAACUAUCUUCACAGAUUAAGGCGCGUCUUACAGAAAGGUUUGCAGCCAAAGAACAAUAUAACCGGUCUAGGGUAGAAUUAGACUCUAGAACUAGAAGGCUGGAGAAUGAGAAGACUGAUGUGCAAACUACCUUGGAACGGGAGCUUGAUAGAAGGUCAAAUGAUUGGUCAGCCAGGCUAGCAAGAUUUCAAGCCGAAGAACAGAGACUACGGGAUAGAGUAAUGGAGCUAGCAGAGCAGAAUGUGUCAUUUCAGAGAGAAGUUAAUUUGCUUGAAUCAAAUCGAGUUGAAGUUUCUAACAGGAUUACAAGUUUGGAACUGCAAAACAAACAACUGAAUAAUGAGCUGGAGAAAGUUAAAGGUGAGCACACCAGUCUUUACAGAUCCUCAGUAGAGUUGCAUGAUAGCUUUACAAAAGCUGCAGAAGAAAGGGACCAAAUCCAAGAAUGCUUAAAAUCCAAGGAAGAUAACAGUAGGGCACUACACAAGGUGAUUGCAAGAUUACAAAGGGAAUCUAAUGAGCAGGAGAAAACAAUAAAUGGGCUGAGACAAGGAUUUAGUGCUGAAUUAGAAAAGAGAUCUGCCGGAAGUAGCGAAAGCAUCACAAGGACGCAAAUGGAACUUUUGAGACUUGCUGGAGUUGAGCAAAAGCUGAGAAAAGAAAUUCAGUCCUGUAACCUUGAAGUAGAGUCUCUUCAGCAAGAGAACAUAGGGAUUUUAAAUCGUCUAGAAAGUAGUGGGAAUGGAUUAAGUUUAUCCACGCUUCGUCUUGACCUCGAACUUCAUGCUAGAGUGGACAACUUGCAGAUGCAAGGCUUAUCAUUACUUGAAGAUAGUAGUUGUCUUUGUGGCAAGUUGUUGGACGUCAUGAAAUCCAAGAGUGAGAAUAUUGGCAGUAUUGAUGCACUAGCAGCCAUUGAAUACACUUUGAAGUACCAGAACAUAAGACAAGGAAUGGAUAAUUUAGCCCUUAGCCUGAGAAAAGUUAAGUCCGUGUUGGUUGAAAAGCACAACGAAGAAGACAGCACAGUGGGUGUUCCUGUGAGACAUGAUACAUUAUAUAGGGAUGACUUCGAAAUUAAGCUGAAAGAAGAAGCUUUACUCAACAGAGUAUUGAAGGAGAAGCUAUUGUCAAGGGAACUGGACAUUGAACAAUUGCAGGCAGAUGUAGCAUCUUUUGUCCGGACCCAAGAUGCCAUGGAAAAUGAGAUCCGUAGAGCUCAGGAUGAAUUAUGUCGCGCAAUCCACAAGUUCAAGCACUUUGAACUUCAGGUUUUGAAGAAAGACGAGAGCAUUAACCAGAUGCAACAGGAUUUUCAGGAAUCUGCAAAGGAGUUGACCACUCUCCGGUGCACCCUUAAAUCAGUAAGUGAUGAAAGGGAUGCCUUGUGGCAGGAAACAAAGCAUUUGCGGAAAACUGUUAGCGUGCUGCAAAACGAUGUUGCCUCAUUAAAGCAGAAAAUCAAAUCGCUCGACAAAGACAUACAGCUGAAGGAAGGCGAGAUACUGCUGCGUGAGGGUGAGAUUUCCAUAUUACAGGACAGCAUCGAUAGGCCACUCGACAUCAUCUGCAGUCCUCAUCAAUGA